CAUGGUCCUAUUCCUUUAGAGCUUAGCAAAAUGGAUAUGGUGUUGGCGAUUGAUUUGUCAUUGAAUAAUCUCUCAGCUAAUGUCCCUUCACAGCUUGGUAGUUGCAUUGCUCUCGAGUACUUGAAUCUAUCGCGUAAUUCCUUAGAAGGACCUCUUCCAUCGUCGAUAGGGAGGUUGCCUUACCUCAAGGAGUUUGAUGUUUCAUUCAAUGUGUUGAGCGGGGAAAUACCGCAGACUUUUCAAGCAUCUUCGACUCUCCAGAAUCUCAACUUCUCGUAUAACCAUUUAUCGGGGAAUGUGACAGAUACCGGUGCAUUUUCAUCGCUAACCAUUAGCUCAUUCUUCGGAAACUCUAAGCUUUGUGGUUCAGUACAAGGCAUGAAGAGCUGUCAUAGAAAGCGCGGUCGCCAUUUCAUCAUCACGAUCCUCCUUUCACUGCUUAUAACUCCUAUCUUCUGCGUAGUCGGGUACCCUCUGGUGUUAAGGUCCAAAUUCAGGAGCCAAUUCGCGAGGUUCAAUAACAGUAAGGUUAUUGAAGAUACGGAGCAAGGCGGUGGUGUGAGGAAAGAGCAAAAGUAUCCAAGGAUAUCUCGUACGCAGCUGAUUGAAGCGACAGGAGGUUUUAGCAGCUCGAGUUUAAUAGGAGCAGGACGAUAUGGGCGUGUCUAUAAAGGCGUGCUGAAAAACAACAUGAGCAUAGCUGUCAAAGUCAUCGAUACAAAAGGUGGCGGUGAGAUAUCAGGGAGUUUCAAAAGGGAAUGCCAAAUCUUGAAAAGGACUAGGCAUAGGAACUUGAUUCGGAUCAUAACGACAUGCAGCAGGCCGGAUUUCAAAGCGCUCGUGUUCCCUCUGAUGCCUAACGGAAGCCUAGAGAACCAUCUGUACCCGAGCCACGGCCUCAGACAUCAACUUGACUUGGCUCAAUUGGUUAGCAUUUGCAGUGAUGUAGCAGAAGGGGUGGCCUAUCUGCAUCAUUUUUCGCCUGUUAAAGUCGUGCACUGUGACCUGAAGCCGAGCAACGUCCUUCUCGAUUACAACAUGACAGCUUUGGUCACAGAUUUUGGGAUAUCAAGACUAGUAAAAGCUGUCGAGGAGAACACAAAUCCUGUCGAUGAAUCAGUUACUUACAACUCCACAGACGGAUUACUUUGUGGAUCAAUCGGCUACAUUGCUCCCGAAUACGGGAUGGGAAGGAGGGCAUCAACAAAAGGCGAUGUCUAUAGCUACGGAGUCUUGUUACUCGAGAUUGUGACAGGUAAACGCCCCACGGAUGUUCUCUUUCAACAAGGCUCGAGCUUGCACGAAUGGGUAAAGCGUCAGUAUACACAUAAACUCGAGGCUAUGAUUGAUGACACGCUGCAAAGAUGCCGCGUAACUUGUACCACCACAGUUCAGCAACUCGAUAGCAAUCUAUGGCGCGAUAUCGUGUAUGAGUUGAUAGAACUUGGCCUAAUGUGCACACAGUACAAUCCAUCAACUAGGCCAACAAUGUUAGAUGUUGCACUUGAAAUUGGUAGAUUAAAACAGUAUCUUUCAAGUCCUUCCAACAUUGCUACUGAAGAAGAUGUCUCAACAAAAAGUUGAACAUUUUUUUUCAACUUUACCAAUGCUACGUUGCUCGGACUCUUCAAAAAUAAUGUCACUGGGUGCGAGUCGGAUUCUCCAAAAGUAGUGUAUUUUUGGAGAAUCCGGCACGAGCGUGGCAUUGAAAGUGAAGAGUCCGCGCAACUUAGUGCAAGUGUACCUUUUAACUUUAUUCAUUGUACUUCUAUGUUCUUUUUAUUUUAAUCCCUUCUUGGAGUGCGGUCCUUCCUCGGAUUCUGCAUGAACCAGGAUGCUUCGUGCACCAGGCUGCACUUCUUUUAGAGGAACCAUUUUGUUCGUUCAA